AUGUCCUCGAAAGAUACCAUUGACGAGUCGCUGUAUAGCCGGCAGCUGUACGUCUUAGGACACGAUGCUAUGAAGCAAAUGUCAUCCAGCAAUGUGCUGAUCGUCGGUGCGCUUGGACUUGGCGCAGAGAUUGCUAAGAAUAUUGCACUCGCGGGUGUGAAGAGUGUCACCUUAUACGACCCUAACCCUGUCAUGAUGAGCGAUCUGAGCUCACAAUUCUUUCUGCGAAAGGAAGAUGUUGGGAAGCCUGGUGUGACGCGCGCCUCUGCGACUGCGUCACGUCUUGCAGAGUUGAAUUCUUAUGUGCCCGUCAAGGCGCUUGAUGUGCCUUCACUUGAUAAAGAGACGCUACAGUCGUUCAAGGUAGUAGUGAUGACACAUGCUCUGCUGAGUGAGCAGCUGCGCGUGAAUGAUAUGACCCAUGGCUCAGGCACACACUUCUUGUCGGCGGAUGUGCGAGGCUUGUUCGGCACAGUGUUUGCAGACCUGGGCACAAACUUUACUUGUAAGGAUACGAAUGGGGAGCCACCUAUGGAUGGAAUUGUCGUGUCAGUCACCCAGGAUAAGGAGGGUCUUGUAACGACCAUUGAUGAAAAGCGCCAUGGGCUGCAGGAUGGUGACUUUGUGACGUUUUCGGAAGUGCAGGGCAUGACGGAGUUGAAUGGAAUCGAGCCUCGUCGUGUCACGGUUAAAGGACCCUACACAUUCACGAUCGGCGACACAAGUUCGUUUGGUCAAUACAAAGGUGGCGGUCUGUUCAAGCAAGUGAAGAUGCCCGAGUUUCUGAACUUCAAGUCGCUGCGUGAAAGCCUUACGGCGCCGGAGUGCAUCAUAUCCGAUUUCGCGAAAAUGGAUCGGCCGAUCAUUCUGCAUGCAGCAUUUGAGGCACUGUCGUCGUUCGAGGAGCAACACGGCCGCUCACCUCGCCCCCGUAGUAAGGAAGAUGCUCGUGCCGUGGUUGAGCAAGCUCAGGCGAUUCUUCAGUCUCGCGGCCAGCUGCCUGAGGGCGAGGAGGCGAACAAACUUGCAACCUGGCUCACCACUGAACUCGCUUUCCAAGCGACUGGCGACUUGUCACCUAUGGUCGCGUUUAUUGGAGGCUUUGUUGCACAGGAGGUGCUGAAGGCUUGCAGUGGCAAAUUCCAUCCCCUUUUACAGCACAUGUACGUGGACGUGCUGGAAGCUUUGCCGAAAGAAGUGCCAUCGCUGCCGGAGUCUGAAUUUGCCCCUAUCGGGUCGCGGUACGAUGGACAGAUUGCUGUGUUCGGAAAAAAGUUCCAGGAGCGCAUCGCCAAUACGCGUGAAUUUUUGGUCGGCAGUGGUGCCAUCGGCUGCGAAAUGCUGAAGAAUUGGAGUAUGAUGGGGCUUGGAACAGGUCCACAGGGCCAGAUCUUUGUGACGGACCUAGACACAAUUGAAAAGAGCAAUCUGAACCGGCAGUUCCUCUUCCGCACGAAGGACGUCGGCAAGUUCAAGUCUGACACCGCGGCCGAGGCUGUUGUAGACAUGAACCCAGAGUUGAAAGGCAAGAUCACAACAUUCCAGCACCGCGUUGGACCAGAGACAGAGAACGUGUACGACCGGAGCUUUUUCGAUGGGCUUGAUGGCGUUACGAAUGCGCUUGACAACGUGGCAGCGCGUCACUACAUGGACAGUCGCUGCGUGUUUUUCCGUAAGCCCUUGCUAGAGUCCGGCACUCUGGGUACAAAGGCAAACACACAGGUCGUGGUGCCUGACCUGACGGAGUCGUAUUCAUCGUCGCAGGACCCGCCUGAGAAGUCCAUCCCCGUAUGCACGCUCAAGAACUUCCCGAACCAGAUUGAGCACACGAUCCAGUGGGCUCGUGAGCAAUUUGACGAGUUGUUUGAGAAGCCAGCUGCUAAUGUGAAUCAGUACUUGACACAGAGCGACUACCUGUCUUCCCUUGCAUCAGCAGGAGACUCGGGUUAUGCCCAACAAGUCGAGCAGAUCAAGGAAUACUUGGUUGAUGCUAGGCCACAGACAUUUGAUGCCUGCAUUGUGUGGGCGCGACUGAAGUUUGAAGAGAAUUAUGUUAACAUCAUCAAGCAGUUGCUGUUCAACUUGCCGCCUGAUGCGAAGACAACCACAGGCCAACCGUUCUGGAGUGGACCAAAGCGUGCACCGAAGCCGCUUGUGUUUGACGCUCACAACGAACUGCACUUGGCCUAUAUUGUGGCGGCGGCCAACAUCCAUGCAUUCAACUAUGGCCUGCAUGGUUCGACGGACGUGGCACACAUUGCGGACGUCGCAUCGCGAGUGCGAGUGCCGGAGUUUGUGCCGCGGGAAGCAAAGGUACAGAUCAAUGACAACGAUCCGGCGCCGACAAGUGGCGGUGGCAGCAAUGCGGCGGAAGAUCAGGCAAAUGUAGAGGAAGUCGCCUCGACCCUACCAGCGCCAUCAUCGAUGGCCGGCUACCGGAUGAGCCCGGCCGAUUUCGAGAAGGACGAUGACACGAACCACCACAUCGACUUCAUCACGGCCGCCUCGAAUCUGCGUGCGACGAACUACCAGAUUGAGCCUGUGGAUCGCUACACCACCAAGGGUAUUGCCGGCAAGAUCAUUCCCGCCAUUGCCACGACGACUGCGCUUGUGACAGGACUUGUAAACUUGGAGCUUUAUAAACUACUGGACCACAAGCGAAAGCUCGAGUCGUACUCAAAUGCGUUUGUAAACUUGGCCCUUCCUUUCAUUGCAUUCAGUGAUCCCAUGCCGGCGCCCGUGCACAAGUUCAACGAUGAAGAGUGGACGCUCUGGUCGCGCUUUGAGGUCGAUGAUAUGCCUUUGCGUGACUUUAUCCAGUACUUCCACGACAAGCAUGGCCUGGACAUCACGCUCGUGUCAGGCAACAUGGCGAUGUUGUAUGCGGACUUCAUGCCACCGAAGAAGAAGGAGGAGCGUCUGCCGAUGCGCAUGCGCGAGCUGGUUGAGCAUGUCACCAAGAAACCUAUUGACCAGUGCCACGAGUUCCUCAGCAUUGAGAUCAUGGCCGACGACCGCAAUGGCGAGGAUGUCGAGGUGCCUUCAGUCACUGUGCGGAUCCGCUAA